AUGUUUUGGUCGAGGACCUUUCUGGCGACAUGCGCCUGCCUGGCUCAGCUGGGCACCGCUCAGAUGCUGGCCUUUACAACAUKGCCAACCCACAUCUACCAGGGCAAACCAGCUACGGUGACUUGGUUGGGAGCUCCUGAUGUUCCUGCCACCAUUUCUCUGCGCAAAGGUGAUGCAAACAACCUCGACCACGUCCAAGUCUUGACUACCGAUGCAAAAGGCGGAUCCUUCACUUUUGUUCCCGACGAUUCCUUGCCCGAUGGUUCAGACUAUGCAUUGCAAAUCCAGCAAGGCGCCGAGGAGAAUUAUUCUGGACUGAUGACACUUGGGAACCCUGGAACCAAGCCACCAAGUCCUCCGAAGCCCCCAGGUCCUCUGAAUUCCCCAAGUGCUACGAAUGCCCCAAGUGCUCCGAAUCCCCCGAGUGCGCCGAAUCCCCCAAGUGCUCCGAGCCCCCCAACUGCUCCGAAGCCCCCAAAGCCCACAGAAGAUGUUAAGCCGCAGAAUAUCUCCACACCAACCCCUCAGGAUGACGCCUCACCGCAUCACGGCACCGACACCUCACCGGGCGACGACUGGGAAACAGAUGUCGCCAAGGGUAACAAUGCCCAGUUCACCGAUGUUGAAGAUAUGUCGAAGGGAUCUAACUCAAACUUCACUCACGGCAAAAACGCAGUGGCGGCUAAGUUAGAAACCAGCGGGGCUUCUAUUGAAAACGUGUACCUUGGCUGGGUCCUGGCCACAGCAGGCGUCUUGUUCUAUGUCGUCGAAUAG